UGCAGGCCCUAGGAGUAGUCACCAGGAGCGAGAAAGCGGGCCGUGGCCCGCUGGGUGGAGCCUAGCUCCCAUCAGCACUGCGUUGCUCUCUGGUACUCGCAGGCUGCUGCUGAGCCCUCAGACCUUGGGGAGGAAGCCCCAGCAGGAGACUGCAGAUCCCUGGCGCUUCCCCUCCAGAGCUGAACGGAGGUUCCAGAGUCUUCUGUGCUGGCUCCUGCUCCCGUGAGACCCAUCCAGAGAAGGUGGGAGCAAUGGCUGUGGUCCUGUUGGAGGACUGGUGCAAGGGCAUGGACAUGGACCCCAGGAAGGGCCUGCUGGUCCUAGGGAUUCCUGUGGAGUGUAGUGAGGCAGAGAUCAGGGAGACCUUGCGUAUAGGCCUGCAUCCUCUGUGCUCUUACCGCAUGCUAGGCAGGAUGUUCCGCAGGCAGGACAACACCAAGGUGGUCUUCAUUGAGCUGGCAGACAAUGUCAACUACUCCAUGGUGCCCACAAAGAUUCAAGGCAGGGGAGGCACCUGGGAUGUGGUGGUAAAGCCACGGAAUUCAGACCCGGAGUUUAUCAAUAGGCUCAACAACUUCCUCAAAGAUGAGGGUCGCAGACUGUCAGAUGUAGCCCAGAUCCUGGGGCUUAGACCCCCUGAGAAGAGCACUGCUGAGGUGCAUCCUAGGGCCCAGGGCGGCCCUGUGGUCCUGCAGAUGCCCCAGGAGAGCCUAUGGUACCGGAAAUUGCCAGUGUUUUCCGGCAACUCGUUUCCAGGCCCAGAUGAGGAGGCUUUUGAUGUAUGGCUGGAGCAGGUCACUGAGACCAUGAGGCUGUGGCAGGUGUCUGAGCCUGAGAAAAGGAGGCGGCUGAUUGAGAGCCUGCGGGGCCCUGCCCUGUCUGUCGUCCGGGUACUGCGCUCCAGCAACGACUCCAUUACUGUGGACCAGUGCCUGGCCGCCCUCAUGCAGAUCUUUGGGGACAGGGGCGACCAAAAGACCUUUCAGCUCAGGUUCCUGCACACCUUCCCACGGGCCGGGGAGAAAGCUUCAGCCUUCCUGCUCCGCCUGGAGCCCCUGUUGCAGAAGGCAGUGCAGCUCAGCCCCCUGUCCGUCCAGCGCUCUGACAGUAUCCGCCUCAAGCACUUGCUGGCUCGGGUCAACUUGUCCACCACCCUACGGGGCAAGCUGGAGCUUAUGGACCAGCGUGGGUGCCCACCCACUUUCCUGGAGCUCAUUAAACUCACUCAGGAUGAUGAAGAUUGGGAGAACAGUCUGCGCAGGCCUCAGGAGAGGGGCAGGCAGAUAGGCAGGGGCCGCAGGGCCCAUGGCAGACGGGCAGCUGUGGCUGAGGUAGCCGAGCUGUUUGCACCAUCCCCUCAGAUGUGCCCGCAGCAACCGGAAGCUCCAACAAGUGAGCCCGGAGCACAGGUGCUGCAGGAGGCCAUGACCUCUUCUGUUAAGCGCAGGCGCCCCUCCUGCCUGGGCGAUGCUGAGAGCAGCCAGGCCUCUGAGCAGACCGCUGCAGGCCAGGCCAUUGAGGAGUCGGGAAACGAGCAGGGGGCUGGGGCAGUGAGCCAACCCAAGCCCUAGGAAGCAGAGGCUCGCCAGGUUCACCUACCCUCCGCUACCUAUUGAGAGAAAUCAAGGCGGAGGAGGAGUGGUCCCUGGAGAGUGCCAAGACCCCAGAGAAAGAAGUACCCUGGAGUGAAGCAGAGGAGGAGUCAGACACUAGUGUUCUGGCCAUGCCCCCUGGCUCCCCUCCAGACAGGAAAGAAUCUGUUUACCAAGAUUUAAGAGGCACAGGGAGUGCCCAAAGCAGGGCCUCAAGGAAGCAGGAGGCCACAGCCCCAAGAGCAAGAAGUCCCUGGACCUCCUGCAGAGAUGCAAGUGUGGCAGAGGCUUAUGCAGGGGCCUCUAGUGACAGUGACCUCCACAGGGCUGUAUGCUGGCCACCAGCAUGUGACGCCACCGUAGAGGGUCAGGCAUGGGUACCUCCCAGUGCCCAGGACUCAGCUACCCAGAGGCCAGAGAUACCUGAAGAGCCUGGGUGCAGCACAGCUGAGUUGCAGGGCAGGGCGAGCCUGUCCCAGAGGCGAGGGCGCAACAGAGAGGUUGUGCCCUGGAGGGGCGUCCGGAGGGUCCAGCCCGUCUUCAGAAUCAUCUAUACCGCUUUAGGGGAGCCCCAGGAAGGCAGCACCCUGGAACCCCUGCGCCAGUGAGGCAAGAGUCCCUGUGAGCAGCCCAGCCUAGCCAACGAUGGGCAGGUUCCUCCCACACCAGCUGGCAGCAUUAAGUAAGCCAAGCCCAGGGCAAGACCUGGGUGUGGCCUGGCAGGUGGGGAAGUCGGUGGCUUUGGAGCGUGUGGCAUCCAGGGCAGAGGAGGAGGAGAUGCUGACUGUGGCACCAGGUUUUGUUUGAACCAAUGGGGUGGGGAGUUUUGUUCUUUUUCAUGCAGGGCCACCAGAAGCCCAGACAGCAACCAGGAGCUCUAGAGGACUAGCCCCACUGGGAAGCACCACUGAGCAGCAGUCGACGCCAAAGCCAAGGCCAGGCCCAAAUGCUUAGGGCUUGGUGACACCGGAGCACGUCUGUCAGAUGUAUGAGACUGAGAGACAUCGGAGACACCUGUCCAGGGUGCCAGCCUUCUGGGCUGGUCCUGGGUCCCCACUCACUAGGAAGAAAAGGAUAAAAGGAUGAGGACAGCUGGCACUCAGGCCACCCCCCAAGAUGGGCGAACUGGAUGUGGUGGGCAGGGAUGGGGCAGCAGUCCUUGACUGUGCUCUGCUGUGCCACCCUGCUGUUACCUGUGACUCAGUUUCU